GAUCAGGAUGGAUGAAUGAAUGGGUAGCUGUGCGUCCCUGGCCUCCACAACACACGAACCAGUGUGCGUGUGACGCAAAGGACUCUACUUAAAGCGGGAUUAGCGCUGAGCCGUGCGCUCCACAUUGCGCUCAGUCUCACACGAGCCUGCACAGGCGCAGUGAGGUCGGCGCUUUUCAGAUCCUGGAGAGGGUGAAGGACAGGAGCGCUCGGGCGACCCGCAGAGCUGAACAGUGGGACACACACAUGCCUAUAGUGGAUAAUCUCGGCGCUCCCGGACUCUGAGAGGUAAAAUUAAUAAAAUCAUCCUUUUUUUAUUGGGUGAGAUCCUCUCCGAAUGAGCAGCCAUGGGGGAAUGGACCAUAUUAGAGCGUCUCUUGGAGGCGGCUGUCCAGCAGCACUCUACUAUGAUCGGAAGGAUCUUGUUGACUGUGGUGGUGAUCUUCCGGAUUCUGAUUGUGGCAAUAGUUGGAGAGACCGUGUACAACGAUGAGCAGUCAAUGUUUGUGUGUAACACCUUACAGCCAGGCUGCAACCAGGCCUGUUACGACAGAGCUUUCCCCAUCUCCCACAUAAGGUACUGGGUAUUCCAGAUCAUUAUGGUGUGCUGCCCCAGCCUCUGCUUCAUCACCUACUCUGUGCAUCAGUCUGCCAAGCAGAAAGAGCGGCGCUUCUCCACAGUUUACCUCUCACUGGACAGGGAGCACGAUUCUAUGAAACGAGAUGACAGCAAGAAGAUCAAGAACACCAUUGUGAAUGGAGUGCUGCAGAACACUGAAAACUCCAAUAAAGAGGUAGAACCCGACUGCCUUGAGGUCAAAGACAUCCCCCACUCAAUCCUGCGAACUACAAAAUCAAAAAUGAGAAGGCAGGAGGGCAUCUCCAGGUUUUACAUCAUUCAAGUGGUUUUCAGAAAUGCACUAGAGAUAGGGUUUCUGGUUGGUCAAUACUUCCUUUAUGGAUUCAACGUCCCUGCAGUGUAUGAAUGUGAUCGAUACCCUUGCAUAAAAGAUGUAGAGUGCUAUGUUUCCAGGCCCACAGAGAAGACUGUGUUUCUGGUUUUCAUGUUUGCAGUCAGUGGUGUUUGCGUGGUUUUCAACUUGGCAGAGCUCAACCAUCUCGGCUGGAGGAAGAUCAAAGCUGCUGUGAGAGGAGUGCAGGCCAGGAGGAAGUCUAUUUAUGAGAUCCGGAACAAGGACUUACCCAGGAUGAGUAUGCCAAACUUUGGGCGAACUCAGUCCAGUGACUCUGCAUAUGUGUAAUUGUCUGCCACACAAACUGCACAUGAGGAGGCUGCAGGACAGCUGGUUGGAAACUAGUUAUGGAGAAUGGCAAACAAACACAUUCGAUUUAACAAUUCAUGUUAUUAAUAACACAUUAAUGUGAGAGAGGUGAGAUAAGAGGUGAGAGAUUUCCCAAAAAUAUGUGAUGUCUUUCAAAACUCUUUGGAUUAAAGCAAACUGCUUGAGAUGAA